GCUCGCUCUCUCCGGCUCGUGAAGCCUCACAAACACGCUCUACUACACGCACACACCUUCUUCCCCUGCUCUGCCUGUCCUGAGCAAGAACUUACCGUAUAGUCUCUACCACCUCCGCACCGUACGCGACCGGCACCGAUGCACUUGUCACGGCAGAGAUGAUUGAAACCCGAGCUGUACCGCUGGCUGCGUGAGGGACCACUCCCCCCCCCCCGCCCCCCUCCCAGAUUGGACACGCUCUCAGCCAGAGCGGCCACAUCUCUCUGUGUGCCAACGCACCGCGGGGACGACAACCAGAUCAAGAGGAAGAAAGUGACAGAGAUUCUUCGGUGUUGGCCCGUGUCCAACCCUCUCUCGCUCGCUCCCUCGCCCUCUGACUCGCUUUCAGCGGAAGCAGUGUUCGCACAAGCUCGUCAGGUGACCUCGUCCUCUGUCUGCGUCGCUACGACAACAGGCCCCCGCUCUUCUCCGUAACCCUCUCCAUCCCGUCCACGCCACCGGCCACCGACGGGAAGAAGCAGCGGCGAUGAUGACCACCACCGCCAUCACCUCGCUGUUCUCCUUCACCAGCCCGGCGGUGAAGCGGCUCCUGGGCUGGAAGCAGGGCGACGAGGAGGAGAAGUGGGCGGAGAAGGCGGUGGACUCGCUGGUCAAGAAGCUCAAGAAGAAGAAGGGCGCCAUGGAGGAGCUGGAGAGGGCGCUGAGCUGCCCCGGACAGCCCAGCAAGUGCGUGACCAUCCCCCGCUCGCUGGACGGCCGGCUUCAGGUGUCCCACAGGAAGGGCCUGCCCCACGUCAUCUACUGCCGCGUGUGGCGCUGGCCCGACCUGCAGUCGCACCACGAGCUCAAGGCCCUGGACUGCUGCGAGUUCCCCUUCGGCUCCAAGCAGAAGGACAUCUGCAUCAACCCCUACCACUACCGCCGCGUGGAGACACCAGGUAGGGCCCUGGAGCGGCGCCGGCGGCCAUGA